AUGUAUUCGAUAAAAUUAUUUGUUUCCAUUUGUCUGUGUAACAUCCUCUUAAGCAGCAGCAUCCCUAUACUGUUUAACAAAAAUCUUGACAAGUGGACAAGAGAACUUUUAAAAGUUUCUAAAAGUGAAUAUAACAACUUAAAUGAAAUAAAUGAGCUCACUGAUAGAAAAUUUUGUGGUAAAUCCCUUAAUCACUUAGCAGGAUUAAUAUUAGACCAAUCGGAUAGAGAAGCAAAAUUAAUUAUUGAAGGAUCUAUUACAUCCAAUAAAUUAAUAUUUAAAUUAGGAAAUAUAAAAGAAAAAGAAAUAAACAUAAGUGAUAUAACAUUACCAAUAGAAACUUUAUCAAAUAAAUGUAUCAACAUACGACAACUUAAAGACAAUAUCGAUUCUACAAUAUUGUGUUUGGCUAGUAAAGUUCUCAGAAAUUUUUGGGUUAAUUCUAUAACGGACGCCGUCCUAUGUAAACUAACAAAAAGUAAAGGAAAAUUGCCCCAAUUUAAUUAUGCAAUAGAUAAUGAUGAAAAGAGCAUCGAUGAGAAAGAACUGGAAGAGAAAGAGCAAGAGGAUGAAGAACUAAGCAGUAAAGCACAUGUAAAAGAAAAUGAAAAAGAUCAAGUAAAAAAAAAAAUUAUUAAUGAAGAAUUUGAUGAAGAGCAAGAAAACAAGCAAAAAGGUCUAAAAUUGCGUAUAGCCAAAAGUAAAUUUGGUCAACCAAAUAUAAAAAUCAAUGGGAAAAAUAUAGAAGAUAUUAAAAAAGAGGGGUCUGAAAAGGAAAAAAAUAAACUAGAAAAUUAG